AUGUGCUGUUGGGAGUUCACAAGGAGUUCUCACAGGCCAGUUGUACUUUAUUUUCAAAGGUCUUACUGCACCUGGGGCACCUUUCCCAUGCGGAGCAGGGGUUCAACAGGCUCAUCCAACCUGUCGGGCACAAGGUUGAUGCCCCCAGCUCCCAAGGGUGGUAGCUGGGCAGCCUGCCAGGGGGGUGGCACAUGCCGGGCUGUGACAGCUUUCCCGGGGUUGCUGCUGAGCAGGGAGGGUCAGAGACACAGGAAGUUGGGGAUUUCAUGGCUUGGCUUUAAGGUCUGUUGGAGUUAGUCCUACCGUAAGCCAUGUUUAUAUUUCAUUAAUUCAUCUUUUCUCCUUGUGUGAGAGAAAAGGUACCAUGAGGUUGCUUUUUAUGUUUAAAAUUCCCUCUGUAUCAAGUUAUUCCUGUAGAGAUAUAAAAAAAUUUACAGAUGCACAAGAUCUGAUAGAGAAAUCUUCAGCAAAAGGUGAAGGACACUACCUGUCCUGCCAGCAAAGUAUUUCUGUCUGCUUUUUAAGUGUUUCAUCUCUGUUUAUUUCUAGUUGGGGUUAGUUGGUGAGUGGAAAAUCCCUGCAAGGAGCAGAAAUUGGAAAGUGAAAGCAAGGCAUAACUGGACAUUUUUGAAGGUUCAUGUGAUUAGGGCGGACUGGGAGCCCUGGAUCUUGGCAGGGGAGCCAGCAGGGGUUAGCAUCUGCCUAUGGAGUGGGGAUAGAGCGAAGAGGGAGGGAGGCAGCAGUGGAGAAAAGCUGCUUGGAAGUAUCAUCCCACCCCACUUGCCUACUUUCCUCUCCAUUUCCCCCAUCCCCCUCAAAUCCCACAUUUCAAAUCCACAAACUUCAAAUUCUUCAACCAGUGCUAGCAGCAGCACCAUUGUGCUGUGCAGAGGGGAGAAAAGGGAUGGCCACAUCCAAAGAAACCUCCUGCUGGAUCUCUUGAAUCUCCUGCAGUGGGACUGAUCUCCUGCAAUGGUCGAGAAGACGAGUUUGGAGCAUUUUCUAGGAACAGACCUGGCUGCUGUUACUGAGCAGAAAGAGUGACCGUGGUCUGAAGGCAGCACUGGAACAAGCGACAUCUGCAAAGGAGACUUGAGUCUUUCCUCGCUCUUUCUUCUGGCAGUCCAGGGACUGCCAAGCCUUUGUUGUGUGGACCUUUGCACUGUAAAUAGCUCUGUGAGGGAGCUCCUCCUAUAACCAUUUCCUCUCACUGGCCUGCUCCAAAUUCCCAUGAUCCCUGCCGAAGUAUGAAGGACGUCAGAGCCGGAUAUAUGAUCAUUUCCAGUUUCUGUUUCCGUAUUGUGUUCAGAUUCUUCAGGCAGCUCAUAGCAGACCUUUGCCACAGACCCCACGGCUGGCAGGGGGCCAUCUCUCAGCUAUGGGUAUGUGAUCCACGAUAGUUAAUGUUGCAGGGACAGUGAAGUGGUGAAAAAAGUGUUGUCUGGGUCCAAAACUGGGAUAUUGAAUGGAGUCUGAAGCACAGCAGCAAGCAAAGUAAAAUCCUCCGAAUUGGAAUUAUUGGUGGCUACCUGUUUCAGCUUCUUCUCUUUGUAGGUGCUGUGUCUCUAGGGUAGAGUGCAGAGCAGAGACUUUGCUGGGAGGCAAGGUGUGUGUGUAUGUUUUGCUCUCGACCUGGUCAUCUGGCUGUUCUCCUCAGCUUGCCUGCGCGCUGCCCCUGCCUCCAGCCCGAAUCUGCUCAGAAUUCAUCGGGGAGUUUGUGCUCGUCGGGGAAACGGAGGAGUCCCGACCGCAGCCAGCCGCAGACAAAGGCAAAGCAAGCAGCCAAGCACUGAUCAGCUCUUCUGCACCUGUGUUAUCUCUGGAUUCAUCUGUCUGCUCCUGAAAUGGAGUACUCCUGGUAUUGGCUUGAUGAUUCUGAGCAGUGGAUUGAGUAUGGAGAAGAGCAUCCAGAUCACUGCUCUGCCAGUGUAACGUCUGCAUUUCUGGAGAAAGAAUAUCUAGCUGACAAGAACGCUGUUGUUUUUUUCUGGGCUGGUUCUCAGCACUAUAAGAUAAACUUUGCAGACAUGGUCCAAACAAAUUUGCUCUUUAAAACACAAAGAAAAGUUAUUCGACUGCCAAAACAUCCGUUACCUGAAGGUGGACAAGACAGAAGCCAAAACACGACUCUAUCUUGUUCUGUCUAUCCUCCACAAUGGGACCAGUCUGCACUACCUGACGUUGGGUUCAAGUUGAUACAGCUCAGCUUUGAUUCCCACGAAUAUGGAAUAAUCAAAAGGCUGUUUGAAAAGACGAUGAAAGAUUAUUGCAUCAUUCAACUUCAGAGGAUCCAGAACCCAACACUUUGGGAACUUUUUCAGUGGCAAAAAGAGAAGAUGAAGAAGGUCAAUAAAUCAAAAUGGGUGGAUGAGCGGCUCCUGUUCCAUGGGACAAAUCCAUCCCACGUGUCUGCCAUCUGUGAGCAGAACUUUGACUGGAGGCUCUGUGGGACUCAUGGGACAAUGUUUGGAAAAGGAAGCUACUUUGCCCGAGAUGCCAGCUAUUCUCACGAAUACUGUUCCGCUCGCAGUGGUCACUACACCAUGUUUGUAGCUCAAGUUCUUGUUGGAGACUUUGUUCAGGGAAACUCUAAAUACUGUCGCCCUCCAGCCCGAGCCAGCAAUUCAAACAGACUUUAUGACAGCUGUGUGGAUGACCCAAUAGACCCUUCCAUCUUUGUCAUCUUUGAGAAGCAACAAAUUUACCCUGCCUAUAUCUUGAAGUACAGCGCUGAGACCCAGUGUGUGGUCCUGUAAUGAAUGGUGGAAUCUCCUUUGAAUUCACAUUGAAUAAAUUACUCUUUAUUAA